UUUAGAACUUAGUUGCAUCGGAACACGAGUCCCUUUCAAGAUGACAGAGCAAAUCCUGGGCGCCGCACCGCCGCCAGGCGGAGUGACACCGAAUUUCGAUCACCCGGAAGAUGUCUUGGCCACUAUCAAUUUGGUUUCGGGGAUACUGGGGAUUGCGUUGAUGGCUCCUUUUGUGAUCGGGCGGAUCUUUAUCAAGGUACAUAUUCUGAAGAACAUGGUACUGGAAGACUAUAUUUGCGUAGUAGCUUGGUUACUUGCCACUGGAUAUUUCUUAACUGGGCUAUUCAUGGGUAAACAUGGAGGAGGAAAUCACGAGUGGGAAGUAACGAAGGAGAAUAUGGUGGGCUUCCAACAGGCCUUAUAUGCAGACACAAUAGUGUAUGGCCCUGCAGCCUGGACAACUAAGACAACUCUCCUCUUGAUCUUUGCUCGAGUGUUUUCGCCGUUCAGGAAGACGGUUCUGUUUAUAUACGUCUUCAUUGGUCUGAUGUUCUGCUACUACUUCCCGGUAAUGAUCAUCAAGAUCAGGGUGUGCACGCCAAUUGAAGGACUUUGGAAUCCAGACAUACAUGCGGAGUGUAUCAACCAGUCCCAGCUAUUCUGGACGGACACGAUCAUGAGCGCUGCUACCGACUUCGUGAUCUUGGUGCUCCCUAUUCCAUUGGUAUGGUCAUUACAAAUCACGCUGAAGAAGAAAAUGAAGAUCUCUGCCUUACUUGGAGCAGGAGGCAUUGCGACUGGAGCAAGUAUCGUGAGAUUGAUCCUAGUCUUUCAGCCAAACAGUUUCGCAGACGAGACAGUUUCCUUUGUGCGAUUCAAUCUUCUCGGCGUGGCCGAAAUUGGCAUCGGCAUAAUAUGUGCCUGUAUACCGGCCUUCAACGUCCUUUUCACUAGGUGGAAGACCGAAUACGGCUCUCGAAAUUCAAGAAAAACAGAAUUCAGCGCCGAGGUGAAGCUAUCGAGACUCAGAAGUUCAAACAGAGGGAUAAGAGUAGUCACCAAUCCGCUCAGCAGGUCGCAGUCGAGUUACAUCGAAGUCGGAUCUCCAAGAGAUACUCUGUUCUCGCAAUCGCAGAAGACGCUGAAGAGUCAAUUGAGUGUGGAUGCUAUGAAUAGACAUACAAUAAGCGUGGAAGGAGGUGGGUAUGAUAAUAAUGGAGUUAGGGAGUUUCAGAGGGUACAUGAGUGGAUGCAACGGCCGUAUGUUUCUGAUAGUGAGGUUGGGAGAGCUGCUUAAUG